UAUUAACGUCUAGACAUCUUGCCUGAUGUGUGCUCCAAUAAAAUUUUUUCAUUGGACAAUAGACAGCUGUGCAUUGUCAUAUUAAUUAUUAAUUCACCAAUGAUAAAAAUACACACACACACUAGUAUAUAUUGUCAAUGAAAUGUCUAUUCUAUUAUAACACUUGAAAAAAAAAAUUAAUAUAUUUACCUGAAGUAAAUUAAAUAACAAAUAAACACAAUAAAAAAAAAAUUAAAUAUUAUUUAUGUGUGAGAUUUUGAUGACGCACAAGUAACAACACACAUUUGUGUAACAAUAGGAUAAACUUUUGGAUAAACUGAUCAAUGUGUUGGUAAAAUAAAAUGAGUAUUGGUAAAAUUAUUUCAUGUACAUGGACUUUGUAAAAAUGAAGGGAUGACGUAUGAAAAGAGGUCCUCGUAAAAUCAAAAAGAAAUAUUUAAUAAAAUUUGUCUACAUGUCAAAAACAUUGUGUCUUAAUUUUGUUGACGAUAAUUAAUAAUUUAUAAAGUUUAAUAUAAAAAAAAAACAGAGUAAUAGAUAUAAGUUAAUUCGGUUUAAAGUGAUAAAGGAUUUGUCAACAUGUUGGUAUUGAUUAAUCGUAUUUUAGACUGGUUCAAGUCAUUAUUUUGGAAAGAAGAAAUGGAGUUAACACUAGUUGGUUUACAAUACAGUGGUAAAACAACAUUUGUCAAUGUCAUUGCUUCUGGACAAUUUAGUGAAGAUAUGAUACCCACUGUUGGUUUUAAUAUGCGUAAAAUAACAAAAGGAAAUGUUACAAUAAAAGUUUGGGAUAUUGGUGGACAACCAAGAUUUAGAUCAAUGUGGGAAAGAUAUUGUCGUGGUGUUAAUGCUAUUGUUUAUAUGGUUGAUGCUGCUGAUCCAGAAAAAAUUGAAGCUAGUCGUAAUGAAUUGCAUAAUUUAUUGGAUAAACCACAAUUAUCUGGUAUACCUGUUUUGGUACUUGGUAAUAAAAGAGAUUUACCACAUGCACUUGAUGAAAAUGGUCUUAUAGAUAGAAUGAAUCUUUCAGCAAUUCAAGAUCGUGAAAUAUGCUGCUACAGUAUUUCAUGCAAAGAAAAAGACAACAUUGACAUAACACUCCAAUGGCUCAUAGCUCAUUCAAAGGGUGGAGUUCGCUAAUUAUUAUUAUUCAUUUUUAAUAUAUAAUGAUAUUAUGAUUUUAAUUAUUAUUAUGAGAUGAAAAAAAAAAAACAUAUAAUUUGGAUAUAUUUCAAUGAACAACAAUGAUUAUAAGUCAUGACAACAACUUUGGCAAAUAAUUCUCGGGAACAAUGAUGAUUUUAAAAUGAAAAAAAAAUAAUAAAAAUAAAGGAGGGCACAUACUCGGGAAAAUAAUAGUGAUCAUAAUUUGUUCAUAGUUCGUACGUUUUUUUAGUCUAGAAAAAAAAAAAAUA